UCCGUUCCAACAUUUCGCAGGAGUUUUUGUAACAUACCGUUAUUCACGACUGGUCGUGCUACUCUUUGAUAGCGCUUGCCUAAGGCCAACCUCUAUGUCCUCGUCAAGUGGUGCGACGGUGUCGACCACCGCGUUUCUUACUGAUCCCACUACCCCCGCAUUCUCAGACGAUCUUGAAUGGAUCACGGCAUAUCUUACAAUUCAUUCCCUAAGUGUCCCUAGUCGACGCUAUUCCUUUUUUCUCUGGAUUGUCGUUGUUUUCUUUUUUCUUGCCUUCGCCGUCCUUCACUGGACCGGUUCAAGGGGCGGUUUUCUUGGAACGCACUGGACAAAAUGGUCCCUCCGUCGACGAACUUGGAGAAAGAAGCACAACCUGGCACUUGCUCUCAAAAGGAAUGAUCCUCGCCGCCAACCCAGUCCUUUGCCUUCCAAUGCUCAACUUCUUUGCUUGACAUUGCUCUUGGGAGGUUCCCUAGCACUUACCUUUAUCGGCCCGGACUAUAUUGCGCCAACUCUCAAAGUCUGGCAAAUUCGCCGAGACAUUGUCCUCACUGAGUCGCAGCGUCGGAAUUUUAUUCCUGACACCACUCCCUAUUUGCCACUUCAACCACAAUAUACCAUCAGUAAAGCAUGGUGGACCUCAUCUGCGCGCGCAGGGCAAAUCGCGUUCGCUCUAUUUCCUCUUUGCGUGCUUUUCGCUCUCAAAGCUCCCCCUUUCGCAAUCUUCGCCAUUCCUUUCAUGAUACAGUUCUUCUUCGACAAACUCGCCUGGCUUCAUCGCUGGACAGGCAGGCUAAUAUGGUUUCUCACAUCAAUUCAUGUCACCUUCUGGAGCGUCCAACUCGUUCGAGAUCAUAAACCCAGUACCGGUCGCAUUGCAUACGUGUACGCUUUCUCCUAUAUGCCAUUUAUCUUUGGCUGGAUCGCGUUUGCAUUGCUGACAUUCAUAAUUGCUCUAUCGGUGCACCCCAUUCGGAGGAGUUUCUAUGAAGCCUUCUAUUUCUUACAUAUUUUACUUGUCCCACUCGCGCUCGUCUCUGCUGCAUUCCAUCAUCCCACACUCUGGUGGUGGUGUUGGGGUACUCUCGCAAUUUGGGCUGGUGAACGCAUCUGGCGAUGGACUUGGUGGUUUGCCACCAACCCCUCCAUUCUAGGUAUCUGUUCAUCACGAAAGCGCCCGCACUCUACAAUACAUUCCUCUGACACCUGGGAGAUGGAACAUCUUCGCCGCCAGACACUGCGCACACACACCGAUUCACAAUCCCCCAGCCCUUUGAGCCCAUAUUAUCAGUCCGACAAACAAUCAGUAAGGUCACUCACUCGUCCUUUAUCCGCGCGAUUCUCUCCCGAGGGGGACCCUGCUAGGUCUCCAGUACACUCCCCCUCCCCAUAUAUCCCCCCUCCAGGGUAUGUCCACGCUGAACUCCUCUCGGGGCAUACAGUGCGAUUGCGUCUUAUAACUCCUGGAUUUCUACCGUGGGCUCCGGGUCAACAUUUCCUCAUCAGAAUCCCUAGCGUGUCCCGAUUCACUACCCAUCCUUUCACCUGCGCCUCUGUAUGUGACUACGAAUCACCGACAGACGAGGGCCGUUUGAUCGUCAUGCUCAUCCGUGCAAGAAACGGCUGGACGCAAGAUUUAUGGAAUUUAGUGUCACGCAUGACCGCUGAGAUGUCACCCGGUGACACCCCAUUCCCUGCCGCAGAUAAUCUUCCUAAGCAAGGUGUCCUGUUGAAAGCAUACGUGGAUGGACCUUUCGGGAGCUCGAUUCGUGCCCGUUGGGGCAAUCACUCAACGGUCCUGAUCAUCGUUGGUGGCUCGGGUGUGAGCUUCGGCUUGUCUGUGCUGCAGUACAUUUGCAUGUGCCUUUCUGGCCGGGACGGGAGGAAUCUCGGCGGCCGUCCCGGAGGUUGGGGGAAGAAAUCAUUCCAGACCCAACGAGUGCGCUUCGUGUGGCUUAUCCGCGACUACUCUCACAUACAGUGGUGCGCUUCUGUUCUUCACCGAUGUCUUUCCUUGGUACCGUCGUCUGCAUUGCAGAUUGACAUCUUUGUUACCAACUUUAAACCCAUCGCCAUGAAGGAAUCCGAUCUGCCUCCUUUGCAGGUUCCCCAGCGUCCACUCUUUGCUUCCGAACCUGUCCAGGUUGAGGACCUGCAGCCUCCUCACCCAUCCUUUGCACGUGGUGGUCGAUCAUACCUCCGCUCUGAUUCUAACGACUCCAUCGAAAGCCAGGAGAGUGAUGUUGACCUGGGAUACUACGCUGGAGAAUCCGAAUCCGAGGACCCAAUACCGCCAGAGGAUGUGGGUUUAGCACACGAGUCUCACAUACUCGAGUUGACGAACUUCGACGGAGACAAUGAUACUGCUAUGCCGGGGGAACGCAGUCUGUCCCGCAAGGUGAAGAAGGAAGGCAAGAUGCGGCGAGCCCAGUCGCGUAAUUUCGCCAAUGCACUUGCUGCAAAGAAGGAGUUGGAUGAGAGAACGGUGCGAUUACUGGACCCUACCGGUCGUCCUAGCAGUUUGGGGCAGGCUGCAAAUGGAAUGUCUGGUAUCUCUGCCGUCGCAGGACGUUCUACGGACAGACUAAUCCCGAUAUCUACCACUCCGGACAAUAGGUGGUCUGAGAUAUCAGGGGACACGAGUUUCGCUUCGCCCAUCUCAAUGUAUGGUGAUUCGCCGACACGCGGUCGGCAGUCAACGUACCCUGAGUCUCCUUUCUCCAGUAGUCGACCUCCUCCAGUGAGUCGUGGAGCGUCGGCAGCUUCUAUCUAUUCCACCAAUAGCUGGGAUUGCAAAUCAGAAGCUGGUAGUUCCCGCGGUUUGUUAUCAUCCUCCGCACCCGAUGGCCCGCUCGAUUCGAUCCAGUUUGACAUCACCGAGGAAGAGGCGCAGGAUAUCAAUAUUGUUGCAGAGCUUGCACGACCUGGUAAACCCAAGCUCGACAGGAUCCUUGCAGAUGAAGUCGAGCAGUCGAAAGGCUCUGUGAUUGUUGCUUGCUGCGGUCCCACCUCGCUUAAUGCGAUGGUGCGCAAAAUCAUUGCCGCGCAAAUCGACCCUGCGCGGGUGUGGCGAGGCGAUAUGCGCGGGUCGAUAACACUUGUAUCGGAAGAAUUUGAAUAUUGACCUUGACAUUGACUGUAACAUUUUGCUGCACUUUGCAUUGGAUCAUAUUUUUUAUUACAACGCGUCUUGCAUUUUCCCCACCGCAAUAUUUUAUUGCCCUUUGCAUUGGACCAUAUUUUUAUUACCACGUAUCUUACAUUUUCCUCGUACAUUUGCAUCUC